AUGACCCAUCCCUCUCAGCCGUCCCCCGGCCAGCUUUCGCCGGAGUCGCCCUUUGAUCCACCAGACGGUCGCAUCGCUCACACCCUCACCGCGUGCACCAGGUGUCGCCAGCGGAAAUCUAGAUGUGACCCUGGGAUCCCCCGAUGUGCGCCUUGCGAACGAAGCAAUGCUAAGUGUGUUUAUUACGACUCCACCCGCAACACCACCAUACCACGGACCUAUAUCGUAAACCUCCGCGAAAAGGCACGCCAACUCGAGAAAGAGCUCGCCGCUGCCGAGAAAGAUAUACAGCAUGCUGCCGACGCGGAGCUCAUGGUGCGGGGCGCAGGUCGCAUCCGCUUUCAGGAGAAUGACGAGCCUCGGUACCUGGGACCCUCCAGUGGUAUUGCUAUGACCCGACUGGUCAUGGAGAUGGCCAAACAGAAUACAGACUCGAAAAGCAUCAAAGAUGUUGUCCCCGAAUUCACCGCCCAAGAAAUCAAGGCCGCUUUCGCCAAGGAAGACUCCAAGCCGACCUCGAAAGUGUACCCCAUGAUUAGCUCGAUUCCGCAGCCCGACCUGCCCGAUCGCGUCCUCACAUACAAGUUGAUUGAUUUCUUUAUCAUUAAAGCCCAGGCACUACUGCCAGUCUUACAUGAACCAACUUUUAGACAAGAAGCCGACGGGGUCUUGAAUGGCUCGACUGAUCCCUGCCAUAACUUCCAGUUGCGCAUGGUCAUUGCGAUUAGCAUGCAAAAAUUUAGCCCAAAAUUUGCCGGUCUCGCGGAUAGCUUUUAUCUAGCCGCGUUGCCAUAUCUGGAACCCAUUCUCAAGAAAAUGGACUUGAGGACUUUGCAAUGCUUGGUCCUAAUUGCUCAGUAUUCCAUGAUAACACCGACACGAACGGCGGCAUAUUGGGUGGUAGGGACGGCCAUGAAGCUAUGCCAGGACCUCGGAUUGACCGAAGAAGCCACCAUCACAAUCUCACCUGAUGGCCGAUCCCUAAACCCGUUGGAGAUUGAUAUGCGUCGAAGGCUUUUUUGGGUCGUCGCAUCAAUGGAAUUUGGACUUUCUCAUUCUUUGGGACGCGCCAACUGCCACAGCGUCACUCAUGACAAUGUUGCUGUGAACUUUUUCGAAUUGGUGGACGAUCGAUACAUUACAGCCGACGGAAUCGCCCCGGAAGCAAGGCCGAUGCUCGGCAAAUGCCUUGCUGUCCAUUUCUUCAAGAUGCGAUUACUCCAGAUGGAAGUUCGACGAGCUCUUUACCUCACCCGACGCGAGACUCCAGUUGAUGAUCAGGAUCCUUGGUUCUCCCACAUGUCAAACAAAAUUGAUCAAUGGAUGGAAUCUUGUCCAAGAAAUGACGAUGGCAGCGGGCUGAGUGUGAAAUGGUUCCAAGGAAGGAGAAACACUAUUGUCAUUCUCAUGUAUCGACCAUCGCCUCAGAUCCCGGAACCAUCAGUCAAAGCAGCAAGGAUAUGCUACGAAUCAUCAACGUUCAACAUUGCCAUGCAUAAAGAGCAGAUGUUGACAGGAUCGGUGGAUUUGACAUGGAUAUUCACUCAGUCCCUCUUCAUGGCGCUCAACACUGUCCUUUGGACCCUUUCGUAUCCUGAAAUUCGGAAAGACCACCCGAUCGAAGAGGUCCAAAGCUAUUUAGAUAUGGCGCUGGAAGUGGUUGUCUACUCCGCGGAACGAUGGCCGGGCGUUCAGUCUGCUCUACUGCUCUACAAGCGCCUUAUCGCAGCUUGCUUAAAGGCGUACACCACGGAGGAAUCAUUCGUCGUGCACUCGCCUUCCAAUCAUCCCACCCCCACCUCUUCACAGGGGCUCACGACCCCUCCGGCCAUGUCAAGUCCCUCCAGCAGCACAACUGCUUCCUAUUACUCUCAUGGUUACCAGUCGACCAACCAUGUGCUGAGCGACGAUGCCUCUGCUGGUACGUUGUCAAGAGGCCAUUCUGCCGACCCUACUCUGCCUUUCUCUGAAGACUCUACACCCCCAGCAUAUUCAGAUCCGCUGAAAAUGACUGGAAUGCCCCCAAUAACAGCAUUUGACAUGCCAUCAUCGUCUACAGCUCCCACCCCCCCAUCUCAAUACUCAUUAGAAGGCUUUUGUGCACCGACUUCACUCUACUCCGACGUUUCCAUUGACCCAAAUACCCCUUACAACUCGAUGCCUUCGGUGGUCCCUGGUCUUCAAGGCUGGGAUCCCAAUUUCUCCCUGGCUUCCACCACCGCCAGUCAUCUGGCUUAUGUCGAUGCCACCGUUGAUCCCAUGCAGUGGACGUCCUCAAUUGGGGACCAGUACUCUCAAUACUUUAAUGAGCCUUUCCCAAUACCGAAUUGGCGUGAACGCACCCUCAGCCAGCAGGAGCAAAUUGAGCUGAUGGCAUCGCUGGAAGAAAAUAUUCCCGAUGUCUCAGCGCAAUUGGUCCACGAAUCCCAUGCUUUUUACCAAUCAUAA